AUGGAUUCCAUAGUAUCAAUUACUAAGAAUAACCGUCAUCAAGCAAAAGUGAAACGACCGAAUAGUGUCGAUGCAUCCCAUGUUCUCAUCUCUUGUCUUCGAGCCAUUUUGGCGCGUGGAAUUUUCAUUGUCCACUCGAUUGUCACCAUCAGACAAACUGUAUUGAUAAGUGAGAGAGAAAGUGUCUGGGGAUUUGCACUUCUCUCGUUGCUCAUCGUUUUCGAAGGAGGAUACGCAAUCAUCAUGAGAGCUGGGGAUGAAAGAAAAUGGUUCUGCACAAGUGUUUUACUGUAUAUCGUGGCAACAGCACCGCCCAUCUGGAUUCUAGAGACAAGAAUUUGCAAUUGGAGAGCAAGUAUGGAGAAGAGCACACAAGGUUUUGAGACGAUACAACAUCAUGUUGCUCUAAAAGAUAACAGUGAACUUCGUCUCCAACUACUCGAACAACUUCUUCUUGUGAAUCUUAUUGUGGGAAGAUGGCUUCUACCAAAAGGUGACAUCUCGAGAGAACAAUUGUCACAGAUAUUGUUGGCUUACUUGGCCAUAUCAUCUGAUAUUGUGGAGUUCUUUGAUGUCUUCAAAGAGAAAGUUGUCUACUCGAAUAGCAGAGUUCAGACGAUUGUACUCACUGCAUGGACUUUGAGUCUCCUUCAAUUCCCAUUCGUUCUUACUGUAUCGAGAGCUCGGAAAAUGAGAGUUGCAAUUACGAAUGACUAUGAGCAACUGUUUGCAAGACAACGUCCAAGAAGCUGUUUCAAGGCGUUUUAUGACGUGGAUAUCUGGGCGAUUUUCCUUGCAAAUGCCCUACAAGAUGUUCCAUUUCUAUUAACGAGACUGUAUCUGAUGACUGUUCAUAACCUGGUUACCUAUACAAUGAUCUUCUUCUUUUUUAAGAAUAUGCUCAUUAUAUUGCUCCAAACUUAUCGUUCAAUCAUAAUCAUCAACGACCGUUAUAUUAAUCCGAAGCCACCAGAUAUGGAUAUCAUUGAACACAAUAUGGAUUUGAUGAAAUCUUCGAGAGCCAAUGAUAUUGAUGACGACUAUUCGUCUUCUCCUUAUCAUAAAAAUCACUAUAAACAUCAUGAAAAGCAGAGUAAGAAGGAGAAGAAGAGGGAGAAGAAACGGGAGAAAAAGGCAUCAGGUCACAAAAAUGGGAAUAGAAAUAAUGGAAAUGAGACACCGAAGAAGACGCGUAGAAGUAGUUCAACAACUCCGACAAGGACUCCGAAACAGAGAAGAACAUCUAGAAUUCGAAGUAUUUCGGACGAGAGAGAACAAUUAUUUCCAAGACAUCAUGGAAGGAGAAUGGAUCGAUUGGACACUUUGGAGGAAUCUUGA